AUGUUUCAGGAACAGAUUGGGAAGAAUAUGGAGGUUUAUGUUGAUGACAUGCUGGUCAAAAGCAACCUGCAAAUGGACCAUGUUACCGACUUGCAUGAGGUGUUCAAAACAUUGGAACGUUUUAACAUGAAGUUGAACCCUACAAAGUGUGCAUUCGGAGUUUCAUCUGGGAAGUUCCUCGAUUAUAUGGUGUCUAGCCGAGGGAUUGAAGCUAAUCCAGAGAAGAUCCAGGCGGUAUUGGAUAUGCAAUCUCCAAAGAAUGUGAAGCAGGUACAGCAGUUGACAGGAAGAAUCGCAGCCUUGAAUAGGUUCAUCUCUCGGUCAACAGAUAAGUGCCUUCCAUUUUUUAAGAUUUUACGCAAGGCUUUCGAAUGGUUUGAAGAGUGCGAACAGGCAUUCGAACAGCUUAAAAGGUAUCUGGUUAGUCCACCUCUCCUCAGUCGAGCAGUCCCUGGUGAAACAUUGUAUCUAUACUUGGCGGUAUCACCGACUGCUGCCAGUGCGGCCAUGAUCCGGGAGGAAGAAGGAGUUCAAAAGACAGUCUACUUCAUCAGCCGAGCGCUGCAUGGCGCUGAGGAAAGAUACGUACAAAUGGAGAAACUCGCUUUCUCCUUAGUAAUUGCCUCUAGGAAGCUCCGACUGUACUUCCAAGCUCAUACAAUCAAUGUCUUAACCGAGUAUCCCUUGAAGAAAGUGCUUCGGAAACUAGAUUUGUCUGGUCGGCUGGUCAACUGGGCAAUCGAAAUUAGUGAAUUCGACAUUCACUUUGUCCCACGUAAUGCUAUUAAAGGCCAAGCCUUAGCGGACUUUGUGGUAGAAUUCACCAACAUUCAGGACCAAGAAGAUUGGCUGAAAGAAAGCACAUGGGUAAUUUAUAUGGAUGGUUCGUCUACCAAAAGAAACGGUGGAGCCAGGGUCGUGAUAAUUACACCGGAUGGAAGAGAGUUGAAGAGCCCAUUGAGGUUGGAAUUCAAAACUACCAACAAUGAAGCUGAGUAUGAAGCUGUAAUAGCUGGGCUCGGUUUGGCUCAAGAGCUAGAAGCAGAAUUGGUGGAAGUUCGGAGUGAUUCACAAGUUAUAGUCGGCCAUAUUCGCGGCGAGUUUGAGGCUAAAGGCACAAAUAUGAAACUCUACCUGUCCAAAAUUCAGGGUAUGCUGAAAUUUUUUAAGAAGUUUUGCAUUGUUAAAAUCCCAAGGGAAGAGAAUGAGAAGGCCGACCAUUUGGCCUGUUUAGGCUCUUCGACCGAGUCUGAGGUAGGAGAAUCUGAACAGGUAAUACAAGUUCAGCAACAGCCUUCUAUCGCCGAGAAGGUUUUUAUUCUAACCAUCGAGGUUGUGCCUGCUUGGGCUAAAGAAAUUGUUGGUUUUCUUGAGAGAGGAAUUUUGCCAGGGGAGAGGAAAAAGGCUGUAUGGUUGAAACAAAAGGCUGCUCGAUUCACACUGGUCAACGGAGCUUUUUUCAAGCGAGGCUUCAUGUUACCACUCCUUAAAUGUGUUUCAAAGGAAGAGGGUAAUUAUGUUCUUCGAGAGAUUCAUGAAAGAAUCUGUGGCAGUCACUCGGGACCCCGCAUCUUGGCUCACAAAGCAGUAAGAGCAGGAUUCCUUUGGCCAAGCAUGAACCAGGACUCCAUAAAUAUUGUCAAAACUUGUGAUAGCUGUCAGCGUUUCGCCAAUGCUAUAAAACAACCCCCAGAAGAACUGAGCUCGGUUUCAUCACCAUGGCCGUUUUCACAAUGGGGGGUAGAUAUAGUAGGGCCGCUACCUACAGGGAAAGGAGGAGUUCGGUUCGUGGUGGUCGCUGUAGACUAUUUCACCAAAUGGGCAGAGGCCGAAACUCUGGUGAAUAUUACCGCUAAGAACAUCGAGAAAUUUCUUUGGAGAAGUGUCAUUUGUCGAUAUGGGAUUCCUCACGCAUUUGUCACUGACAAUGGUAAACAGUUUGACUGUGAGUCCUUUCGGAGUUGGUGUACCAGACUUCAUGUUCGGCAAUACUUCUCAUCUCUGGGACAUCCUCAAGCAAAUGGCCAGGUAGAAGCAACGAACAAAACCAUAUUCAAGAUUCUAAAGAAAAAGCUCGGCUAG